UUCAUUGUGACGUAUUGGAAAUUCAGUGGAUACUGCAGUUGGCUCUUACUGUCUAGGUUUCGGUAAACCGUUGUUGUGAAGAGAGGGGAGCGGAAAGAGAAAGUCGACUACAGCAUUUUUAGAAGAUUUUUUUAUCUACUGUACAUAUUCGUUGUCUAUUUAGCUCAGGCACCAUGGCGUGUGGAGCUACGUUAAAGCGCUCGAUGGAGUUUGAGGCCCUACUCAGUCCUCAGUCUCCUAAGCGAAGAAGGUGCAAUGCACUACCGGGGGCUCCAAGCACCCCGUCCCCUCAAAGAUGCAACCUCCGUCCGCCAGUUGACUGCCCAUCGCACUCGAUGUCUCCCCCGACUAUGGGAGGAGAGCACAGGCUAACUCCAGAGCAGAUCUUCCAGAACAUCCGUCAGGAGUACAGCCGCUACCAGAGGCGACGGCAGCUGGAGGGGGCCUUCAACCAGAGUGAGGCUGCCUGUAGCUCCACCGAUGCCCCCAGUUCCUCCCUCACCGCCCCCAGCUCCCCGCCAGGAGCUUCCCAAGAAUCUGCGCAAGAAAUAAGGAAAUUAAGCUCUGGUGCCUCGAGGAAGGACCAGCCGUCGUUCACACUGAGGCAGGUGAGCUACCUGUGUGAGCGCUUGCUCAAAGACCACGAGGAGAAGAUCCGGGAGGAGUAUGAACAGAUCCUCAACACAAAACUUGCAGAACAAUACGAAUCUUUUGUGAAAUUCACACAAGACCAGAUCAUGCGAAGAUACGGCGCAAGGCCUGCUAGUUAUGUCUCUUGAAUUCCCCAUCGAUGAGGUACCAGCUCUUCUCACAAGAUGGCUGCUCUUCUACUGCCCUUUCCUCCAAUAGAUUUGUGCUUUUUAUUUCCUUUUUUCAUGCUUUUUCGGUGCCAUGGUUUAUCCAUUUGUUUUGUUUUUUGUCAAACUGUCUGCUGGCCAAAAUGCUAAUGAACCGGAAGAAAAUGUAAUGAUUCGAGAUAUGCUAUUGCUCUGGAUUUUUGACUAAAGCAGAUCUGUCGUUCUACUCCCCAGUGCUGUAGUGGCUUUUCUGAUCCUUCUGUAUUAUAACCUGCCAGCACUGCCCCCUCUGCAGAAGCUGUAUUACUAAAUCCCCCUGGCCUCUCAUCCACCCAGUUUCUUUUUAUUUUCCAACUCUUUAUCUGAGGAUGUGGAAUUCUUUUGAAAAUAAAAUUUCUGUGAUUUAAAA